AUGGCGGUGCGGAAGAAGGACGGCGGGCCGAACGUGAAAUUUUAUGAGUCCUCUGACACUAUCUCCCAGUUCGACAACGUGCGGCUAUGGCUGGGAAAAAACUACAAGAAGUACAUUCAGGCUGAGCCUCCUACUAAUAAGUCCUUGUCAAGCCUGGUAGUUCAGCUGUUACAAUUUCAAGAAGAGGUGUUUGGAAAACAUGUCAGCAAUGCACCGCUCACUAAACUGCCGAUGAAAUGCUUUCUAGAUUUCAAGGUGGGAGGUGCUCUGUGCCAUAUUCUUGCUGCUGCUUAUAAAUUUAAGAGUGACCAGGGAUGGCGCAGGUUUGACUUUCAGAACCCAUCUCGUAUGGACCGCAAUGUGGAAAUGUUCAUGAACAUUGAAAAGUCUCUUGUGCAGAAUAAUUGUCUGUCACGACCAAAUAUAUACCUUCAUCCAGACAUAGACUCCAAACUACAGAGUAAGCUGAAGGACAUUGUAAAAAGACAUCAGGGUACUGUAACAGAGGACAAAAGUCACGCUUCCCAUGUGGUGGUUCCAGUUCCUGGCAACUUGGAGGAAGAAGAAUGGGUGCGGCCCAUACUGAAGCGUGACAAGCAGGUUCUUCUUCACUGGGGUUACUAUCCUGACAGUUAUGACACUUGGAUCGCUGCAAGCGAAAUUGAGGCUCCAGUGGAAGAUGCACCUACCCCAGAAAAGCCACGCAAGGUGCAUGCCAAGUGGAUCUUAGACACAGACUCAUUUAAUGAGUGGAUGAAUGAAGAAGAUUAUGAGGUGAAUGAUGAUCGCAAUCCUGUUGCACGUCGCAAGAAGAUCUCAGCCAAGACUUUGACUGAUGAAGUGAGAUCAUUACUGCAAUCUCCUGUUAUAGAGGUAAGCAGUCCUGAUUCGGACCGCAAGGACAAGAAGGGACCUAAUUACAAAAAGAGGAAACGUUCCCCGUCCCCUCCCCCAAGUGCCGAAGCAAAGAAGAAGAAUGUCAAGAAAGGACCCUCGACUCCUUACACUAAAUCCAAGAGGGGCCACCGUGAGGAGGAACAAGAGGAUCUGACAAAGGACAUGGAUGAACCUUCACCUGUGCCUAAUGUAGAAGAAGUAACACUGCCCAAAGCUGUCAACACCAAGAAAGAUUCUGAAUCUGCCCCAGUAAAAGGAGGCACAGUGACUGACCUUGAUGAACAAGAAGAUGAGAGCAUGGAAGCAGUGACAAAGGAAGAAGAUGAGAACUCUUCAGGGAUCAAAAGUGAACAAGUGAAGACCUCUGACCUUCAUGAAGACAAUGUAACUGAACAAACACAUCACAUUAUUAUCCCCAGCUAUGCGGCCUGGUUUGACUAUAAUAGUGUACAUGCAAUUGAGCGGCGAGCUCUGCCUGAGUUUUUUAAUGGAAAGAACAAAUCCAAAACCCCUGAGAUCUAUUUGGCAUAUCGAAAUUUCAUGAUUGACACGUAUCGGCUGAAUCCUCAGGAAUACCUCACUUCAACAGCAUGCCGGCGCAACUUGGCAGGGGAUGUUUGCGCUAUCAUGAGGGUCCAUGCCUUUUUGGAACAAUGGGGAUUAAUUAAUUAUCAAGUGGAUGCUGAGAGUCGUCCUACACCAAUGGGACCACCCCCCACUUCGCACUUUCAUGUCUUAGCUGACACACCAUCAGGAUUGGUACCACUGCAGCCCAAAACACCACAGACCUCAGCUUCACAGCAGAUGCUCAAUUUUCCAGAAAAAGGUAAAGAAAAACCAAGUGACCUGCAAAAUUUUGGCCUAAGGACUGACAUGUAUAGCAAGAAGAAUACAACUUCCAAGAGUAAAUCUGCUGCGAGUGCCACAAGAGAAUGGACUGAGCAGGAGACUCUGUUACUGCUGGAGGCUCUGGAGAUGUACAAAGAUGACUGGAACAAGGUGUCUGAACAUGUUGGCAGUCGCACUCAAGAUGAAUGUAUUUUACACUUCUUGCGGUUGCCGAUUGAAGACCCAUAUUUAGAGGACUCUGAAGCAUCUCUCGGUCCUUUGGCCUAUCAACCUAUACCAUUUAGCCAAUCUGGAAACCCUGUAAUGAGUACUGUAGCCUUUCUGGCCUCUGUGGUGGACCCCCGUGUAGCAUCUGCUGCAGCCAAAUCAGCUUUAGAGGAAUUUUCUAAGAUGAAGGAGGAGGUUCCCACAGCAUUAGUAGAAGCCCAUGUUCGUAAGGUGGAAGAUGCAGCAAAAAUAACUGGCAAAGCUGACCCAAGUUAUGGCCUCGAGAGCAGCGGAAUUGCUGGCACUACUUGUGAAGACAAUGAGCGAAUAGAGGAAACUACUACAGAAGAACCUCCUUCAGAACCACAGCCCACAGAAGAGAGGAAGGAACCAAAGGAUUCACCCAUUGAGCCUGUAGUAGAAGAGGACAUAAAGGAGCGCAGUAGUGAUCCAGCAAAGAAAGAGGAAGAGAAGAUUAAAGAUGACACAGACAAGGACUCUGAAAAGAGUGAUGUAGAUAUGGCUGAUGGAGACAAAGUCUCUGACAGUAAAGAAGGAUCAGAAGAAACAGAUAAGGAGGACACCACAGUGAAAAACAAGGUGGAGAGAGACAUCGGAGAGGGAAACCUCUCUACAGCUGCUGCUGCUGCCUUGGCUGCUGCUGCUGUGAAGGCUAAACACCUGGCUGCAGUUGAGGAACGCAAGAUCAAGUCACUGGUGGCUCUGCUGGUAGAGACUCAAAUGAAGAAAUUAGAAAUCAAACUGAGGCACUUUGAGGAGCUGGAAACAAUCAUGGAUAGAGAACGGGAGGCGCUGGAGUAUCAGCGGCAGCAGCUUCUAGCGGAUAGACAGUCUUUCCACAUGGAACAGCUAAAAUACGCAGAGCUGAGAGCACGUCAGCAGCACUUCCAGCACAUUCAGAACCAACACCAGCAGCAACAUCAGACUCCUCCAGGCAGCCAGCCUGUGCCCCCCACUGCCCAUUCCAUCCCUGUAACACAGGCUUCUGUAACACCUGCAUCAGGAAGUACAGCAAGCAGUUCAGAAGGACUGGCACAGCCAACUGCACCCCCACCACAGCCACCAGUGAACAGUCAGCAGCAAGGAGGAACACAGCCCAGCCCAGCACACAGUUCUGGUUCGUAUACAGGUCAACCACCACCCAACCCCAUGAUCCCAUCAGCAGUACCUGCUCCUGCCCAGCCUCCGGUGCCCGGUAAUCAGCACCCCAGCAUGCCUUUGCCUGUACCAUUUAAUAUGGGUAGUGACUUAGUUGAUUCUGCUCAUCAGAACCCACCAACUAACCCCUAUACAGUGCCCCUUCCCAUGCAUGGCUCCUUCCCUCCUGCAGCAUGUCGGGUCGGUGGACCUCCCCCAUUCCCACAUAAUCCUUCCAUUGCCAUAUCUUCAACGCCUCCUAACUUGCCGUCUUCCCUGGGGUCAGCUGCCACACACAGCCCUGCGAUCGUAGCUGCAAUGCAGGGAGGGGCUCCCAUCACAACCAGUCCUGUGCCAGAUCCUGCAACAUCCCACCAGCCUGCGGAAUCAGUGGGAAGCACAGUCCCCCCAGCCCAACAGUAA